AUGGGUGUCAACUCUUUAUGGGAUAUCUUGGGGCCAUCAGCCAGGCCUGUUAGGUUAGAGGCGUUGUCAAGAAAAAAAUUAGCUGUUGAUGCAUCGAUUUGGAUUUAUCAGUUUUUGAAAGCAGUUAGAGAUCAAGAAGGAAAUUCAAUGCCACAAGCACAUAUAGUAGGCUUUUUUAGAAGAAUAUGCAAACUAUUGUAUUUCGGGAUAUAUCCUAUUUUUGUUUUUGAUGGUGGAGCACCGGCGUUGAAACGUCAAACAAUUAAUCAAAGACGAGAAAGAAGAGAAGGGAAAAAGGAAAGCAAAGAACAAACUGCUCGUAAAUUAUUAGCAAUUCAAGUUCAUAGAAAAGCGGAUCAAGCAAAACAUAAACCAAAAGAUGAAGAUUUCAAUGAUGAAAUAGUGUACUUGGAAGAUUUACCUAACUUACAUCCUCUUCAUGGGCCAGGUGGGGAAGAAAAUAAAAGCCAACUUCCACCAGAAAAGCAUUCUAAAUUUGUGAAAAAGGACGAAUAUCAUUUACCUGAAUUAAAAAAGAUAAAAGCGUCUAAUGAUGAUUUAAGAAUUAUGCCAGAGGAGGAAUUUGAUGAGUUAGCAAAAGAAUCAUUUGAUAAUGUAAAUGGAGUUGACAUUAAUACAGUUGAUCCCAAUUCGAAAGAGUUUGGGGAAUUACCGUUAGAGACUCAGUACAUGGUCUUAUCACAUUUGAGAUUGAGGUCAAGAUUAAGAAUGGGGUUUAAUAAAGAUCAAUUAGAAAAUUUGUUUCCAAACAGUAUGGACUUUUCUAAAUUUCAAAUUCAACAAGUGCAGAAGAGAAACUUCUAUACACAAAAAUUGAUGAACGUUAGUGGAAUGGGCGAUGAGGGAAAUGCUACUAGAAGGAUUGCAGGCGACAAAGAUAGAAAAUACGCAUUGGUUAGGAAUGAAGAUGGAUGGACUUUAGCAUUAGAUGAAAAUGGAUCUUCAAUUGACAAGCCAAUUGCAUUGGAUAGUAAUACGGAUACGAGCAAGCAAAAUGCCCAAGUCAAUAAUAAUAAUGAUAGUAAUAUCAGUAAUAAAAGCCAUAAAGUUACAAUUGUUGAAUCUGAUAAUGAAGAAGAAGAAGAAGAAGAAGAAGACGAUGAUGUUGAAUGGGACGAUGUACCAUUAGAAGGAAAUGAUGUUGGAGAAACAGAAGAAGAAAAGGAUGUUCAGAAAGCUAUAAUAGAAUCCAUAUACAAUAUGUACGAAGAUAAAAAUUCAGAUGAUUCCCAUUCGGCGGAAUUAAGACAAGCCAUUGAAAGUUCAAAAAAAGAUUUGCUAGAUUUAAAGAUUAGGGAAGAGGAUAUGAUACUGAAUGGGAUUUUAAAUUGGAGAAAUGACUUAAUGAUGGAUAAUUCUCAAGAACAUCACGACGAUCAGAAAAAUGAAACGGAGUUGAAACCAUUACCAGACUUGCAAAGUUUUUCGUUUGGCCAAUCAAUGUUAUUUCAAAAUGGCCUGAAAACUGAGGCAGAUGAUAUUCAAAAGUCGAAAAGUAACAAUGAGAUACCUUUAGGAAGUAGUGAGAAUAAGAAGGAUCCAAAAUCAAAUGUGUUGAAUUCUCAGAAACAAAUUAUAUCGAAUCUGGAUAAUCCUAAGAAUGUGGAGUAUAUAGCAGGAAAUCUUGAAUCGGGAGUAGUUCAACUGGAAGAUGAAUUAACUGAUAUGAAGGACGAAAUGUUAAAAGAAAAUAAUGAUAGUAAGAGUGGUACAACCACCACUAUAAAAAAUCAACCACUACCUCUGUGGUUCAAUGAAGAAAUAUCCCAAAUGGGGAAUUAUGAACAGGAGACAUUUGUACCUGAAAAUGAUUCUAAAAAGAGAAAAUAUCAGGAAGAUGAGGAAGUGGGAUUGAUUUCUUGGAACGAAGCUAAAGAUAUGAUGGGGGAUGAUUAUGAAAAGGAUUAUUCUGAUGAUUCGAUAGAAGAAGUUCAAUUUAAUAAUGACGAAAUAGUUGAUAAUAAUGAUAAUAAUACAUCUACAGAUCUAGGUAGAGUCGAUAGCACAACCGAAUCGACAACUAAAAUAACAGAUGAAGAUAAGGAUAAGGAUAGGGAUAAAGAGGGGAAGGCGGUAGUAUUGGAUUAUGAUUUUGAAGAGAAGGAUGAGGAACAGUUCAUAGAGCAAAUGAAAGAAGAGGAAAAUGAACACGAAAUGUUCAAGUCUCAUAUCAGAGCCAAUCAUGAAAUUCCGCCUCCUCCUAUUCACACUAGUGUUACAGACGAGCAAUUGUUACAAGAAAAAUUACAGAAAGCUAAAAGAGACUCUGAUGAAGUCACAGAAACCAUGAUUAGGGAUGUUCAAGAAUUAUUGAGACGAUUUGGAAUACCAUACAUUACUGCACCAAUGGAAGCUGAAGCCCAAUGUGCUGAGCUAUUAAAGUUAAACUUGGUCGAUGGUAUCGUUACCGAUGAUAGUGAUUGCUUUUUAUUCGGUGGUGACAAAGUUUAUAAAAAUAUGUUCAAUCAAAAGCAAUACGUGGAAUGCUAUAUAAUGAACGAUAUAAACUCGAAAAUGGGUCUAUCGCAAGAAAAAUUAAUAGACUUAGCUCUCCUUCUAGGCAGUGAUUAUACAGAAGGGAUCAAGGGAAUUGGUCCUGUAAUGGCAAUGGAAAUAUUAGCAGAGUUUGGAUCUCUUAAAAAAUUUAAACAAUGGUUCGAUGAAAAUACAAAGACCACUGUUCCCCCAGAUAAAUCGGGCUUAACUAGUAUCAAAAGGAGUUUGUUGAAUAGAAUUAAAAACGGGACAUUCUUUUUACCUGAGUCAUUCCCAGACAAUGUAAUCUUCGAUGCAUACAAGCAACCUGAAGUUGAUCAUGAUAAAAGUGAAUUUAAAUGGGGGGUUCCUAGCUUAGAUCAAAUCAGGUCUUUCUUGAUGUAUAAUGUGAGUUGGUCACAAGCAAGAGUCGACGAAGUAAUGGUACCACUUAUUAGAGAUAUGAACCGUAAAAAGGCUGAAGGCACCCAAUCAACUAUUAGUGAAUUUUUCCCUCAGGACUAUAUUCAAACAAGAAAGGAAAUUGGCUUGGGUAAGAGGAUGAAAACUGCAGCACAGAGACUAAAUAAGAACAAAAAAGGGUGA